CUGCGUCCCCCUCCGUCCUCAUACUUCCUCGUUGGGUUUCAGAUAUUACAGAACACAGUACUACUGCAGAGCAUAGAAGCAAAACAACGAACAAAAAACUGUAUCCCCAAGAAGAUAGGCCCACCCUCCUGACAGCGGUGCUGUUUCCAGCUUACUAUGGUAAGAUGAAGUGACCCUGCUGUAGUCUACAGACGUGAGCCACCAGUCUGCUUUCCGGUGUCCUCGUGAAACUGUACCUGAUUUCAUUACCAGUUGUCACCUACAUGUGUUGGAAGAAAAGGGAUGGUUUUCUUUUGUUUCUUGGUCAGGAAUCACUUGGUCCUGAAAGUCUUGUUCUCAAGAAGAUACGCGGCGGAGAACAUGUUCUAGCACACUGCGCGAUGGAAAAAGAGCAUAGUUGCUCUGCCCGGAUUGUAGGCAGGCUGUUGCUCUCACACUCAUAAACACACACAAAGCAGCAGCCACAGCGGAAAUCCUCCAGCCUUUAUUUUUCAAACACACGGAACUGUCCAGUCCGUCCAGCCUGACAGACGCAAGCUGCAGACAGAUGGUUGCCAAGACCACAAAGGAAGCUUCGCAGGCCACGCCCGCCUCAUGCUAGGCAGGGACGCCGACACGACGAUAGGAGGGUCCUUAGCUCGACUAUCUGCUAGUUAUGUCUGAUUGAGUUCGGCGUUCUUCUCUCGGCCCUUGCGCUUGCGUACUACGGCUCGUUCCCGUCACCCAGGCCCGGAUCGGGAAGUGUCAAAGUGGGAGCCGGGAGCCCCCGCCUUCGCCGCCGCUACUGCUGUACCCGGACUCUCAUCCCGGUCGGGCCCUACCGCCAUGACGAACGUGUACUCCUUGGACGGGAUUCUGGUGUUUGGUUUGCUCUUUGUUUGCACCUGUGCCUACUUCAAGAAAGUUCCUCGUCUCAAAACCUGGCUGCUCUCAGAGAAGAAGGGAGUUUGGGGUGUGUUUUACAAAGGUAAGGUUUUAUCUGGACACAGAGAGGAGAAAGAGGUUUCUCGGCAGUGUGGUUCUACUAGCUGCUGUGAUUGGGACCCGGCUGCAUGCUGCUGUUGCAAUUGCCUGCAUUGUAAUGGCCUUUUACGUCCUGUUUAUCAAAUGAAUUCCCAAGUAUCCCACUCAUCAACUACCAACCAAGGGGAUAAAGAUGAAGAACUUGCCGGAAACCUGGACCCAGUGUAGGAGAGUUCAACUAGAGUCAUCAGUGUCCCUAAGAUGACACUGCAGCAUCUGUCUGCCAUAUGUGGGGGAACUCAUGGUCACGAACAUUAUUUUUACGCCAGGGGACUCCAGAAAGCCAACUUUUCUUGACCUUUCUGUUAAUCCGCCCUCAGCAGCAAGCAUAUAUCUCCAGAUAAAUCACACCCCUUGGAUAUAUGAUUAUGUACCUUCUGCUUAAAAAACCUGGGGUUCAAUGGUAGAACAUUUGCUUAGCAUUGUCAGGAUCCUGGAUUUGAUCCCCAACACUAAAAAAAACAACCAACAACUGGUCAUCUAUUUUGCUACCUUUUAAAACUGAGGCUUAUUAGGGAAGGAUGUAAGGAUACAGGCUGUAUUCAGACUUCCUGGAAGGGGAGACAUUUGGGGUUUUUUUGUUUGUUUGUUUUUAUUUUUUUUGAAACUGGGUCCUUGCAUAGCCCUGGCUGUCGUCAAGCUCUCUAUAGACCAGGCUGGCCUCAAACUCACAGAGAUCUGCCUGCCUCUGUCUCCUGAGUGCUGGGAUUAAAGGUAUAUGCCAGAAGAUAAUUUUUAAGGCUUGACUUUUUUAUUGGCUAAUUUGGAUCUGGUGAAUUGGGGAGGGAGGGUGGGACUGGGCUGGGUGAGAAAUAGGAGUUAUGAAAGGCCAGGAAAUGGUUUGAAAUGUGUUUUUUCUAUGACCAUCUGGGAGCUUAAGAGAGCAUGAAUCUCAGUGUAGAGAGCACAGAUUGCCACAUGCUUGUAACUUGAGGGUUUUCCUAAGAGAAUCUGAGCAUGUGUGCAAUCCAGGGUUAUCGAGUUGGAGACUAGAAGCAGUGUCUGAGACCAGAAAGCAUUUGCUGCUUGCCAGUGCCCCCAAAGAUAACUCCACUUGACCAACUGAUAGCAGAAAGUGAACCAACUCUUGCUAUUUCCUAAAGCUUUUUAAAUUACACAGUGCUAAGUACUGUUACUCGGUUUUAAGUACCAAUGCCAGGGGAGGGAACUAUUGAAUGAAUAAUUAAUUAAUAUAUUUGGAAUUCUGGUAGAAGAGAUAAGUAAAUUAGUAUAACAAUUCAUAUACUAGUAAAUUCAUUUAGUAUAAGAAUUUACUGUAAUGAAAGCAUAUAUAGAUGGGAAUUCUGUCAUGUUAUAAAAGACGCAAGCCUGUUCUUUAAUCUGGGUGACAGCAGUUUUUAGUUGUUCCCUGCCAGCUCUCGAUUUUCUUCAUACUGCAGUGUUUCACUGUUGUAUCUCCUAUAAGACCAUGAGAAAUUGAAAUGAGAGGGGUCACGAUAUUAGCAUAUUGGACAGCUCAUAGAAUCCAUUCAUCAAAUGAGUAAAGGGAAACGGAGCUUUCCAGCUGAGUAUUCAGGGCUUUCCCUGGGUGUGGACUCCUGAACAGAUGACGUUAGACGGCUCAACAUUUGAAGGGAAGACUGCUCUGUUCCUUCCUCUGUGUGCCUGCAAAAGAAUCAGCUGUUAGCUGUAAAGUCUACAACAAUCUUUAAAAAAAAAUAGGUCUAAUAUUAAUGAUAAUACACCAGGGUAUACACAGGCUUUCCAGUUGAAUUGUCCAUGUAAAGCUUUAGGACAAGCGCUGUGGCUCACUCCCAGUUAAGUUCUCUUAUCUGCAUACGCUACAAGGACAAAGGCUGCUGGAAGCUUAGGUUCCAGUGCCUCUGAGUGCUUUGAUUGUAGCAGUAUAAAGCACUGUAUGCGUGCGCAUCUCUCUCCAAGACCUGGUCCACGGGGCAGAUUGCAGUGGUUGCUGUUUCCGUGGUCAUUCCUGAGGAUUGUUCACAGGAGGAAGACGAAAUCUGAUGGAUCUGGAGAGAUAGAGCCUGAGUGUGAGUUGGGGACCUGAUGACCCACUCACUGGGUGUCCCGUGGGAAGCAGGUUCAGCACUUUGUUUUUGAUGACCUGUUUUCACUAGUAGGGCUGAUGUCUCCAACGGUGGUCUGUAGAGCGGCUUCAUUUCUUAGACAGCUUUCAUUCUGAGUCUCUUUCAUGGGUCCUCUUGGCCUAAAUGCCUGAGUUGGUAGAUUUUAAGAUUUUUUUUUUACCAGAAUGUUCCAAAAAGUACAUGAAGAAGCAAAUAGCCUGUUUUACUUCUUAACUCUUGACUUUAUGUAAGCAAGUACAUAGGAGCCUGCUGUACUUAUUAUUUAGACUGAUGUGUCUCAAAAACUGACAAAUUGUUCCUCUAGGGAAAGUCCUCUAGGGGUGGAGGUAUGAGGGUAGCAAUAUUGCCUCAGAUUCAGGUUCAUUACCACGAACCCUGUGCACCAGGAUCAAAUGAAAUAAGCUCCUUUUUAUAGUUGAAAUACCAUUUUUUAUUCACCAUUGUUGGCACAGUCCUUGAAAAUAAACCUUUUUCCCUGUG